UGUGCAAACGCCCAUCGCUAAAUUAAGAAAAGCAACAGCAGAGGUGUUUUGAUUGGAACUGCGUUUUUGUGUAAAAUUGCGUUCAGCAACUAAUUGUUGCCAUAAUAAGCAAAUGGCAAAUAACCUGGAGUCGCGUGUGGUUGAUCUCGACUUGGCCUGUCUGAUCUGCCUGAACGAGGAGCCCGGCCACAGCUCAAUUUACAGCCAUGACUUGGAGCCGCCGCACACCUUGAUUGCGGACAAGAUUCGCUCUUGCACCACCCUGAAACUGGAGAGUUUGCAAAUGCAGCGCUGGCCUGACAAGAUUUGCGACCAGUGUCAUAGCGAACUAACCGUCGCCUACCGCUUUUAUGAAAAGUGCGUGCUGAUCGAAAAGCUAUUCCUCACUGCGACAAACAGCUCGCAAUCCAGUUCCGCAUGGGCACUAUUCCUCAGUGCGACGAACAGCGGUCUUCUCGUCGACGUCGAUGAAUUGGACAAGAACCAGCAGCUGAAACUUGAUUUGGAGCAGCAUCAUGUCAAGCUGCCAUCCAGCUUGAAAAUCAAACGCGUUGAAUUUGAUUCAGACAUUCCUCCUGCAAGUCGCACCGUGGUGGGAGCAGUCUCGGCAGCGCCUAGGGCAAUUGCAGUACCAACUACAGGGUCUGGCUCGACAUUAACUACAGCAGCUUUAACUGUAGCGGCAGCGACCAAAACGGCUGGUCCGAAUCUUCCCGUCACCAAAAUGGAGUACUUUCAGGGGGACAGGGAGGACUCAGACUCACUGGGCCUGUUGCCAGAUGCCUCCGAUUCACUGGUCAUGUCGCUGGACAACCUCAUAGAGACGGUGCCCAUGAAGGAGCAGCCAGUAGACGCAGUUUUGUCGGAUGAGGAGAAUAAAAAGAUGAUCGUCUCACAACCCUGGGACGAGGACCCCCCGACCCCAGAGCAUGCUUAUGAAAUCGAAACGCCACUAUCUAAGGAGACUCAGGAGGAGCCACAGGAUGAGCUGCCGCCACCGCCUCCGCCACCAGCUCCGCGGACAUCACGCGCCCUCAACACGAUCCAGCGAUGCAAUAUAAGCAAACGCACAUACAAACGCGUCACACCCAUCUUUAAGAGGGAGGUCGACAACGAUGACGACUACGUGCUGUUCGAUAGCCAACAGAUAGUCAUUCCGGAGUCGCGUCUCCAUGCGGAGCGUGCGCGCAAGAUCUGUCAUGUGUGCGGGAACACCUACAAGUAUCAGCAUGCCCUAAACGCACACAUGCGGCGCCACAACAACGAGCGUCCCUAUCCGUGCGAGGUCUGCCAGAAGGCCUUCAUAUCGAACGUGGAGCUGCGCCGGCAUAUGCGCGUACACACAGGUCAGAAGCCCUAUGGGUGUCGCUACUGUGACCGCCGCUUCUCGGACUUUGGCAGCAGCAAAAAGCACGAGCGCAUCCACACCGGCGAGCGUCCGUAUGUGUGCGAGGUGUGCCAUAAGGGCUUUGCCUACGCCCACGUGCUGACCGUGCAUCGGCGCACACACACUGGCAAGAAGCAGUUCCAGUGUACGCAGUGCGACAAGGGAUUCACCAAAAAGAGCUACCUGGCCGCCCACCUGGACCAGCACAACGGCGCCACUACUGCCGCACCAACAGCCAAGCGUCCGGCCGCCCGCAAGCUGCAAAAGAGCCAUGUCCCGGAGACACUGUCUAUCGGCCAGUUGAUGCUUGGGGCCGAGCCGACCAAGGUGCUGGAGGAAUGUAUUGUCACCCACGAUUUCAUGUUCAAUGAGGAGGACGAUGGCGAUGCCGACGAUCACGAUCUAGAGGCUGCCGGCGAAGAAGAGGCAAUGGAGCUGGACGAUGCAGAUCCAGAACCGGAGCACGAUGACUUUGACGAUGUCGAUGUCGAUGUCGAGGUUUAUCACCAGAGUGUGCGUUCCGUCAAGGAUGACCCCUAUGCGCUUGUCGGGGAUCUGCUGGACUCCGAGGAGUUUGCUGACGAUUCCAAAUAUCUGAUUGACUAGUAUUAGUAUACGGCCUCGAUCCCACCCCGCCCACUCUCACCCUAGUCGUUUUGAGGAAGUGGAAGGAGAAGUGAAUGCGAAUGCGAAUGAUGGAGAUUUCUCUCUAGCAGCAGCUGUUUAAACACCAGCCCCAACUUUAUGCCACAUGAAGAAUGAAGAAUAUGUGCCACGGCAUCCAAUUUUGGGGGGCCGCGUCAGCGGCGGAGAAAAACAACUGUGCAAACCUAGAAGAGUGCCUGCCGUAGGCCCCCCAGCAGUACGAUUAUGUGGUAGCAACUUCUCUAUCUAUUGUAGUUUUAUUACAUUCUCACAUUCACAUUUUAACAUUCAGCGUAGAUUUGCUAUAAGUAUAAGAGAUGAGAAGACGUACGGGGCAGGGGUCUCCGUGCCGGAGAUAGGUUAAUUGUUCUAGAAUAGUAGUAUAGUUGCUGUGCUCGUCGUAGCCGCCCUUCACUGUAGUACCGCGCUGAGAUGGCACAAAACUGAAGUUUUUGGCCACGUUCUUGAACCGGUUUGAAUGUGUCCGUGGUUUGUUUUUGUUUUAUGCUGCGGCUCUGCUGUGUCGCCUGGGGCGGCGGGGUCAACGCCACAAACUAUGGAACGAUACUUUAAGUUAUUUGUUAGGCUAA